CUGGUGCUGGUGAAAAGCAGCAGGUAUCCUUACAAAAAGGUGCAAACACUGAAGGAGAAUAAUGCCUGUCAGAAAUGUGAGAAGAAAGGAAGAACUACAGCAACACACUGCAAUCUCAUUCAGUUUGAUCAUGGGCCCUCAAAACGUAAAUGGGCGUCUGUUGCCCCUGCAUCUAUGACAGUGCAGCAGUGAGGAUGAUACUGAGAUGGAGGAAGACGGAGAUGGUGCCUGUGGUAACGACAUGGGUUAUGUUCCAGAAGAAGAAUCGGGUGAAGAAUCAGGUGGAGAAGAUGAAGUCCAAUUUGAAAAUGAGAUUUGAGUAAAUACGGUGUGACCAAAAUGAAGACCUGCAUCAGCAAAAGAAGUAUAUAGUCUUUGAAUCUUCAUUGUUGAUACUGCUGGCAAAUUGUGACUUGUGCAAAGGGAAGACAAGCUGUUUUCGUUACUUGAAAGGAACUCUUAUAAAGGUCCAUGCAGUUUGUACAAGUUGUGGCCAUAAGAAAUACUGGUGCAAUCAGCCCUUUGUUAGAAAUAUGAGUCAUGAACUUGCUUCUCAGUGCAGCCAUUCUAUUUACUGGCAGUUUGCCAAGCAAGACCUUCAGAAUAUUCAGUUUUUUUAAUAUUCAGUGCCUCAAGAUUGGACCUUUUUCAUCAUCAACUUACACAUCCAUGAUGCAGUAAGCAUAACAUGGAAAAAGAAACGUAGUGUACUGCUCUCUUCGCUUGUGGAAAAAGAUAUGGUACUCUGAGGUGAUGCAAGAUGUGAUAGCAUGGGUCAUUGUGCCAAGUAUGUUAGCUACACUUUAAUAGAACUGGAUAUAAAUAAGGUGUUGACAGUUCAGUUAGUACAGGUAGGUAAUUCCCCAAAGCUGAGCCAAUAUUCAUUUUAAAAAUAAGUAAUUUCCAUCAGUGGUUGAAUCAUCUUCACCAGCUGUCGCAAACUAACUGACCAACAUUAGGUUUCCUUAGAUUUCUUGAUUUCAUCCAGUAGCUGAUGACUAAAUAUAAUUCUUUGCAGAACAAUGAAUCUGGAGGGAGUUAUGGAAUGGAACUCGAAGGUCUGAAGAGGUGCCGUAGAGACAUUGGAGAGUAUAGAGUGAAAGCUGUAGUCACUGACUGAUGACAUCACCAGGUUACCAAGUGAAUUAGAGAAAAAUGGGGUGUAACAGAUUACUUUGAUUCCUGGCAUAUUAUUAAAGGUCUAUGCAAAAAGCUUGAGGCACUUGGAAAAAAGACAAUGAAUGUCAAGUCGUGGAUACAGAGCAUCAAGUGCCACUUAUAAUGGUGUGCUCUGUCAUCCCAAAACAGAGAUGAAAUUAAACAGAAAUGGCUUGCUUGUGUCAACCACAUACAAAAUGUACACGAUAAAUGCACUCAUCCACCAAUAACUUGUAACAAAGAGUGGAUACUGCCAGGGACAGGCUAAUGUUGAGGUUGUCGACCUGCUGACAAAAACUAUGCUCAUCAAUGAAAUUGGCAAAAUGUCCAACCUAGGACCAACAAGUGGAGUUGAGGCCUACCACAGUGUGGUCAAUCAUUUUGCCCCAAAAAUGUACAAAUUCUCUUAUAAAGGAAUGAUCAGCAGAAUUCUACUGGCAGCAAUGCAUUACAAUGAAAAUGCAGGUAGAGCGCUGAAAGUGACUAGGCAAAGGAAAAAGUGCUACAGUAUUGUCUACCCAAAGUACAAGAAUGGGGGAUAUUCGCUGAGGAAGGUUCUAGUGAACUCUACUUAUGAAUAUGCAAAUGAAUGUUUCUUGGAAGUGAUGAACCAAGCCAAGAUACAAAAGCAUGCAAGGACCUUCAAGGAAACUACAGUGCCACCACAUCUUUCUUCUGCCACUGCCAACAAACCAGAAAAGAAACAAGCUAUUGCAGAAAAUCGUUCACAUUUUAUGAAAAGGAGGUGUAACUAGAACUUUUGAGUGGGAGUCAAUUCUACAUGUAGUUGGAAAGGAGCCUGAGGGUGUACACACGUUUCCAUUCAGCCUGGGUGUUGAAUAGAACCCAGUGUCACUUGUCUCUUGUUUGUGAUUGAUCGAGUUAUACAGUCAUACUGUUUAAAACUGAAUGCACACAAUGGUGUACUAUGCAAGUGUGAAAUGAUCAACCAAUCAAGAGGGUAUCCUGCUUAUUCUUGGAGACAAUAUGUACAAUGUUAUAUUGCAGAUAAUUACAUUUUGCUUGACUGCAUUAAAACCUGUUUCUUAUUUUGUCAUUUUGUAGUAGCAAUUGUCAGCACUCCCAGUAGUUUUUGCUCAGGGCAUAUCUGGAUUAUAAAAUAUUGGAGCCCACUUGGCCUGUCAACAUUUGCGGCAUAGUGCACCGAUGUCUCUGUUUCAUUGGUGACCUGAGUUCAGACACUACACCCCCAGACAAGAGGGCAAAGCAAAAGGUGAUGAUCCCAGUGUCCAGGCAGCGAUGGGGAUGUGCAACGAUCGAUGAUGUCUCAAUUUCUUGGCGAUGUGGGUUCUAGCAUAUGUCUACUUACACAAGCAAAAUUCACCAAAUUCCUGUUGACAAACAAGAACAAACUUUGAGUUGGUUGGAGUUUAGUGUACCCAUCUAAUGUCUGAUCCAGUAUGGAUUGAUGUACAUGGCGAUGUAUAGUUGUAUUACUACACAGAGGUAGGAUAGGUACACCCCAAAAAGAACAACACAAAUAAAUACCAAUGCCCCUUCACUUGCGAAUGGAUGUUGGCCUCCAACUCGAGUGUAGACAAGAGAUAGCUCAGCCUACGGAAAUUUUGUAGCAUAUAGAAGCGGGAUCACAUGUUCAACCAUAAAAAAUUAUUUAGAAAAUCACCAUUCUUUCAAUCUCUUCUGGUCUCGAUGCCACUACAUGUCUGGUUGGUUUGGCACAACUUUCACAACAUCCAUGGCGUCAGGCUUGUGCAUGUACUGUCCAACAACCAUCAACCCUUGAUAUUCCUCUUCUUCCAACUCUUUGUAGAUGUAGUCACUCUCUGAAGAACUUGUACCAAUGUCCUUGUAUGAAUAAUCUGAUGAAACUUUACUGAUUUCACUGCUGCUGUAGUCUUGUUGUGAGUCCAUCAUGUUGUACAAUAUAUUGAAUGCAGAGAAUUUGUGAUUGUGUUCUGGAAUUGACGUCACACAUCCGGGUUCUGGGAUUUUCACAGGAAGAUAUGACUUGACUUUGUAAUCGAAAUAAAUCAAUAAAUUCUCAAAUUUGGGGAAUUAUUUUCAGAUUUCCUUUUUUACUGAUAUUAGAGAGAUGGUUUGUGAGCUAAUAUUUCCUUAUUUAAAGUUUUCAGUUGAUACUUCACAUAAGCCCUUUAAUGUUUAAAUGAUACUAGUCUAGCAGUAUUCUUUUUAUAAUUUCCUAUUGAUUUAUUCUUAAUAUUUCUAUCUCAUAUUGCAUUACUAUUAUUUGAUUUUUGUAUGAUUUAUUUACUUUAUUUGUGUACAACUUUAUAUUUCCAAAUUUGUGAGGAUUUAUUUUCCUACAGCUUUUCACUGCAAGCAAGUGUUGUCAUCUAGCAAGUUACACUGUUUAUGCCUACCAGCUUGUGAACUUAACAAUAAAGGUUUAACUGAC